AUGUAUGACAGCUUUGAAAAGAACAGAGGAACAGGGUUCCAAGGGCCAGGGUAUGGCUACGGUUACAGCUAUCCUCAACAUCCAAACCCACAACCACAAGCACCUCUCCCUCAACACGGCCCCAGUUACGGCUACACCACUGGCCCUCCAGCUCAAUCAACAACCGGUCCUGGAUAUGGCUAUGGAUUUGACUAUAAUGCUCCACCACCCAGCUACGAAAACCACAAUGGAUAUGGAUACGGACCGAGCAACGGCAACGCUCAUGGCGAGAUACCCGUACCUGGGCAUCAAAACCGCUAUCCGAACGAAAAACCUCACAACCAAUAUAGCCGCACCGGUUACUCCCAUUACCAAGGCAAUGUCCCAGCCCCAGCACCUCACCACAUAACCUCCUCAGGCCUCACACCAUCUCUACACCGUGGCCCGCAGAGCCUAGUCCUGCGACAAUCGCCCAGCACGCAUAAGGUAAUAUUCAUACACCCCGCCGGCGCUCCCAUCAACUCCCCACCGCUCUACAGUCUGACCUCAUCCCCCAAAACUUCCAAAGCUGAUUACGUCCUUGCCCGGGGGGCCGACCCGAAUAACCCCGUUGCCCUAGUCGGUGAAGUGAAAUCGCAUACCUUUAGCAGCAAAUAUGACCUGACUGUCCGCGGAACGACAUACGUGCUCAAGGAGUCGCCGAUGGGGUCAAGCUUUAAGAUCGAGCUGCCUGGAAGGGGAGUGUUCAAGUGGUAUACGGACGAAGAUCACCUGACGAGUAAGAUGUGGUUGAAAGAUGAGAGCAAGAAUGUCCUUGCAACGUACGAUAAGAGUCGUGAGAAGAGCAGUGUCGGGACGUGGAAGAAGUUUGUUGGUGGGAAGGAUCGCGAACUUCAGCUGCAUGGGGGCUUCGAUGACUUCUUUGUUGAGGUCCUGCUUGUUAGCAUUUAUGCGGUGAAGAUGGCAAAUGAAGGGGCCAUUGAGACGGCCGUCGAGGUUGCUAGUGCCGUUGCGGGGGCUUGA